GGGCUUACCAAGCUGGAUGAGGAUUGUCGUUGUCGGCCCCGCCAAUUUCUGCAGCCGCACGAUAGCUUACCAGGCAAUCAACGAUCAGCGCAGCUAACCAGCAUCGGCAACGAGUGGGCAAUUCUCUCUGCAAAAGAUUGAUGGCAGAAGAUUCUAUACAGAGCUUGUGGCGCAACAUCAGCAGUCAUUUUCGGGGGCAUGGAGGACAGAUUGUGGAACACGUCUCCUCUAUUCUCAGUCCCAGACCCAGUUCCAGAGCCAAUUCCAGUCCCAAUCCAAGUCACAUGCGCACACCCAGUCGCAGACCCAGUCCCAGUCCCAGACCCUUGUGCACGUAUGGGUCUGAGGAGUCCAAAAGAAGCAUUCAAAUCGAGAAGCCGUUGGAUUUCAUGGAUGUCGCGCAGGAGGUUCGAUUUCAUAUCUCUAAAGGAGGAGAGGCAGGCAUGUCGUCUGCCGUGGAGCUAGUGGAGAGGGCUUUCCAGACCUGGAGGUGGAUGACGGACAGACCCUCGACUAUUGCCUUCUUUCUUGCGGAGCUAUGGAGAGGUGUCUUUGUCCCGAAGCCAUGGGAAGAGCUGCCAGUAUUCACGCUCUCUACUUUAAAGGAGAUUCUGCGUCCAGCCUCAUCCUUCAAUGAAAUCGAAACGUUAUUUUGUCUAGCAUUCAUGGAGAGGUACACAAACCCCUUUCAACCCUCUGGCAGGUUGAAUGUGCUGUGUAAUCUUCUUCGUGCCACGAAGGAGGGUAGCAAUAAAGUCGAUGAUGUAUAUGCACCGAUCAAAGCCGUUGCACUGAUGGACAUCCAGUUCCUGCUCGAUCAGGUCGAUCACAACCUACAAGGCAUUGACAAAGAUAUGCUUCUAGAGUCUUAUGGGAAGCCUCCAGUGCCGCUGAAGUCGGCGCUUAACAUUUGGAAGCAGCUCUCAUACCUGCUCUCUGCAAACAUGACUGAGAAGUCAUCGACUAGUAAGCCAUUCUUCUGCCUGAGCAUGCAGCUAUCAUGUGAACACGAACUCGUUAUGUUUAAUUUAUGGAGAGAGAGUGCAGAACUUGCGCCUUGCUUUCAGGAAAUUAAGGAGAGAAUAGCUCUGACACGGAUGCUGGGUCUUGUGGAGGAAGAACUACUGAGCUAUCACGAUCAGGCAUGUUUCACAGGCUUAGUGGUGGUGAACUUCAGUGGGAGGUGUUCUGCAAUAACAGAGUCCACAUUCAAGGAAUUGGUUCAUCAGUUGUUGAGGAGGGGGUACAAAAGAUGGGCAGUGGAUGUUUUGGAGGAUUUGCAGGGGGUUCGCGACCUUGGGAAGCCAGCUUACUUCUCAUCAUCGUCGUUUGUGGAUUGUGGUAUGCGCCUGAAAUUUGCAAUGGAGUUGGCGCUUGCCAACAAGGAAUGUUUACGAGAUCAGAUACGGUGCAUUUACUCGAUCUGUGAUCUUGGUCGUGUGCUUUGGGUCUUGCAAAACGAAAAGCAGUCAAAGGAACUCCUCGACAAGGCAAUCCGAUUGUACAUGGACAUUGAGGAUACGUUUGGGAGCCCUCUGAUGAACUACCCUCUGGAAGUCACAGGCCUGGAAUGGGCACGGUGCAAGGAAGCACUCGGUGCAUUGAGCUCUGUGCAUGACAUUACGUGGAGUCGGAUGUUCUACGCCCAGGCCAAGGAGGUGUACGAAGUGCUACACAUGCUAACCCCAGAUCGAGAGGUGUCAUUGCUGCUUUGCAAUGCAAGUUUAUGUUUAGGUCUUCCGUCCAGCUCAGGGUGGUGUGAUUCAAACACAGCACAACUCGAAAAGCUUUUGGCCAAGGUAGAUGAGAAGAUGAAGGUGAUGAUGCCUCAGUGGUUGAGAGGAGGAGGUGUGUUGAUGACUGGAAGGUACAAUCUUAGCAAAUACUCAAGUCUUGAUUUGAAAGGCCAUCUACAUGUCGACAAAGAGGAGUUCGCGGAGGCUUUAGAGUGCAUGGAGCAAUAUGCAGCUUCCACAAACACACAUCUUUCGUUGUUUAAUGUGACAACGCUGUGUGGCAAACUGGGUGAUGAGCAGGCAGCUGCGAAAUGGCGAAAGGUUGCGCUGAUCAAAUUCAAGGAAGAGCAGAGAGCCAUCGGUGAACUUUCCUUGGAAUGGGAACGGUUCUAUGGGGAAUCCGACGCAAGUGAAUUCUUGCAAGUCCAGAUGGACAGGAUACGGGAUGGAGACCCACUUACAGCGCUUAUCUGGAGUGAAUGGUCUCAUCACAGGUUUCUAUCUGCUGUUCUGAUGAAUAGAAUGCGAAAUGGUGCUGACGACGUAACUGGGUUCGAACUUGAUAAGCCGGGCACUGUGACCCAUGCUGCAUCAAUUGUAGGUCCUGACAAGGCAGACACUGCGGCUUGCAAUAAUGCCAAUUCGGAGAAAAGAUCGCCUUUUGAGUGCUUUGAUUCCGAUGAGGCUAAUGCAAAGAAGUCAAUAUUAGAAGGAUGUGACCUUUGUGGGCCAAGGAGUCUGGUGGUGGAGUACCAUUUUCAUGGCGGUGAUUUUGAGCAUGAGAGGGUUGUGAUAUAUGUGAUGAAUGCGAGGAAUAUAUUUGCACAUGCGAUUCCAUACGCGAAGUUGGAAGGAGUGCAAGUCCAUGUGGAGGAGCUCAAUGAUUUGAUAAAACUGGACCACCUGGUGCCGGAAUCUACCCCUCCUUCCCUGCAGAAAAGUGAGCUGCAUCGUAGUCGCUCCUCGCAGCUGCCAGAAAAAAAACACUGUACACGAUCUCGAUCUUGUUGUCGGAGUACACAAGGACUUCAAUCAAGGAUGGGGAUUUCACCGGCAAGGCGGCGACGGAUGAUGAAUGCAGUUCUUGAAAAGCUGUAUGAACUCCUGAUUGUGCCGAUCGAGCAACAGAUCGAAAGCCUUUCCCCCGAAGACAAGUUGAUAAUCGUGCCGCAUGACAUUCUGUGGAGUGUGCCAUUCGCGAUGCUCCGGGAUGGAAAGCGGCGUGCUUCAGAGAAGCCAUAUCUCGUCGAGCGCCACACAGUUGCAGUCGUUCCUGGAAUUCAUCUUCUUCCAACGCUGAAAAAGAGAAGUGACGAUCUGAUCAACAUGUUUAGCGCUGCAGAGGGGAGUACUGGUCAGAAAUCACUUGUUGUCGGAGAUCCUUUUCCUUUGGAUUUCAACGCGGAUCCUCUUCCAUAUGCUGGCAAGGAAGCUCUAAAAGUCUAUGAGAUUUUGACGCCUGGAACAGCAAGGCUGCUCACUGGAAGAGAUGCAACAAAGCAGCAAGUGCUUAGCGCACUCCAGUGCGGUGCUCCCAUUGCUCACUUUGCAGCACAUGUGCUGGUCGGUUCGAGGGCAGAACUAAAGAUUGAUGCAGACUUUGAGGAGGGGGCCAUGCUCCUAUCGCACGAUCCAUGUGGUGAAUCAGCCUCGAAUGUGGAGAUCAUCGCCGCAAAAAAUGAUGAUCGCCCAUGUAUGACAUCGACAACUCCUACUGCCACAAUUGGACUGAGCUCCUCUGAUAAGAAUGCUGAAGUCCGUGCCGUCAACUCCAUCGAUGGAAAGACAGGAGUAGUACCAGUUAAUGAACUCUGUGCCCCAGAUCAGCAGCGCGCUGCUGUCCAGUCCGCAAUUCGUGAGACAGAAGGACCUGCUAUAUGCUGCGACCGGUUGCAGGCCGAGGCGGCCCCGAAUCCGCUGCAAGUUGAUCUUGUUGACAAAGCCGCGGGUAUGGAGGGGCUGCAGGUUCCUAAGCAGCGUUCUUCGCAUGAAUCCUCUGGCGAUAGCAAUGCUGCCGCUGAUGGGAGUGCUGAACAGGGUACACAUCUCCAGACGCAGCAGGCAGAAGAGGCGAGGAUGCCGUGCUUUGUUGAUGGCAUUGAUGUAGGUGCACACUUUACGCAGGAAGUCGGUCCUACGAAUUGCGCAGCUGAGCAACAGCCUACGGAUGACAACGUCAAGAUUGCUUCCACGGGUAUGUCUGAUGUCUGUCCCGAUGCCCUGCAGACUCGGGAGACCUUGAAUUCGUCAGAGAUAGCAUGUCAGAUGCAGACAGAGGAGAGUAUGGAUCCCAAGGUGACCAGAAUCGAUGGGCCUCAGGCAUGCAGUGCAGCUCUGGAGACUUCGAAGAUCAGGAAAUCCCAAGAAGGUGUGGAAGCAGGCAGGGCGGCAACAGCGGCUGAGCACAGCUCUGCCGACAGGGGGCCAAUUGACGAGGCCAAAGGCGUUCAACCUCAACUAGGUAUAUCCCUGGAAGCAUUGCAUCCUGAGGAGAUUUCAAAAUCAUUUGCAAUUGCUGAUGUUGAUGUCAGUGCAGGGAAAGGUGCGGAAGCAGGCGAGGGUGCAGAGGCCGAACUCAGUUCCUUGGACAUGCAACCAAUUGAUGGGGUCGAUGUCACUGAGCUUGAAAUGGGUGUACGUCUCGAAGCAUUGCAUCCUCAGGAGACCUCAACGUUGUCUGUAGCUAACGAUAUUGAUGUCGGUGCCGUGAAAAGGAGGAUGCCAGAGUACCGACCAGGUUGUCAUAGUGAUAAUGUCAGCGUUGACGCCACCACAAUGCAAAGGGCGCCUGGUUCUGCCAAUAACGAUGUCGAUCUGCACACAGAUGCGCAUAAACUGCCCGAUUGGAGGACAGCUAUGCCCAAUGUGAGUGCAGAGGUGCCUGCGUCCCAAGUACCUCUUUCCAAUUCUCUCCCUCACAAAGCUGUGAAGCGGCAGGUGCCUAUCGUUCCGGCCCAUCCUCAGGACAAUGCUGAGAGUAUGAAGACGGAGACACCCGCUUCGUCGAUGUGUGAGCAACGUCCCGCGGGAUCUCCACCUCAAGCUGCCAGUUGGGCUACCCCUACAACAGCGGCUGAAUUUCCUGGAGCAUUGAAGGCAGAGGAGAUUCUUGAGGUGUUUGGCAAUGAUCUGAAAUCGCUUCUCGUUGUUUUGAGCUGCUGCAAUUCUGCUAAGGGUCUUUUGAGGCCUGAGGGGGUUCUCAGUUAUGCCAGGGCCUUCUUGAUUUCCCAGGUACCAUGCCUUGUUCCAUCCCUCUGGGAAAUCGAUGACGAGGCUACAUUCACGCUCAUGCUGGCCUUCUACAGGGCUUUGGCGAAAGGGCAUGAUGUUUCCGCCUCGCUCCGGCUUGCAAUGCUUAAGAUGAUCUCUGCAAGACACCCAUCCACAAGCAACACAGAACUUGGUUCCCGUUCCGUUGCCUUUCCGGAGCGUGCAAAGGGCUCCGAGAGGGACAAUGACGAGCAAGGCACGCUCAACAAGGAGUGCGAGGAGGUGGUGCUGCAUGCUUAUGGAAUACCUGUGGAGGACUUAGAGAAGGAGAUGAAAGCCCUCUCCAGACGCAUGAUGUGUAAGCCAGGUCAUGGAGGUUGUGCUCGCUGCCGUAACGACAACAUGGGCGGGGAAGGUGCUAUGGGGUGUGCGGAUGCUCCUGAAACUUCGCGUGGAGCACAACUCAGUUGGUUUGUUAUGUGCGCAGAUGAGGAGGGUGAGGAUGACGAGGAUGAAAACGACACGCUGAUUUGGCAGCCCAACGACUGGGGUGGUUUUCUUUGCCUCGGACUCCCAACAUUAACGUUGCCAGGUGGAUUGUUCUCUGCUUCCGAGUAAAACAGCCUGCCCUCUCCUGUCCUGACCAGACCUAAGCAACUCUCCAACUCCUGGGUCAUUGCACACACACAGCUCUUGUGACUGAACUUCACCAGAAUGUGGUUAGUAUACAGAUAGUUAAAUCACACCUACAGUAACUGUACAUCAUUGUGCAGAAAGGCAACCUUGAAUAAACCAAGGUCAAUGAUCUAUCUGUGCUGCCUGUUGUUGCUACUGGGUGUCGUCCAUACGGUUUGGUGCUGGCAUCGAGCGAGACAGGAUGUUGGCUCUUUCUUUUCGUUUCUCAUUAAAGGGGCGGCAGCCUUGAGA